AUGUCUGGCAAAGUUGAGUUAGUUAAGAGUGACAUCGAGCUACAAACUCGUGGUGGCGGGCUGGCUGUAGAACUUCAAGUUUGUACUGCUCUCAGGACUUGGGCUAGGCAAGAAGUUCAAGAUGAUGCAGCAGACAUUCAUGGACUUAGCCAACAGUCCAUUACUAAUGUAUGCCGCAGAGUGGCUCUGGCUUUGGCAAAAAACGCGGCACAGUUCAUACGCAUGCCUGUGUCACUAGAAGAGCAAGAACAACUAGUUUCCGGAUUUAGAAACAUUUGCGGCUUUAGGAACGUGAUUGGUGCUAUAGAUUGCACGCACAUAAAAAUUAAAAAAGUUGGUGGUGAUAGCGCACAAUACUAUAUCAACAGAAAGGGGUUUUCAUCCUUAAAUGUCCAGGUAGUUUGUGAUUCUCAAUUGAAGAUAAGAGACAUAGUCGCACACUGGAGGGGCAGUACACAUGAUGCAAGGAUUUUCAGGGAAAGUCGAAUUCGGCAACAAUUUGAAAAUGGGGAAUUUAGUGCCCGUUUACUAGGAGAUUCAGGCUAUGGUUUAACAAAUUAUUUGUUUACACCAAUCCAGAAUCCCCGUGGUGUGAAGGAAGAGUCUUACAACAGAGCACACAUAUUGACAAGAAACCCAAUUGAAAGGUGUUUUGGAGUAUGGAAACAGAGGUUUCGUUGUCUAUUGCAUGGAUUUAGUGUAACACUAAAAAAUGUAAAAUUGUACAUUGUAGCACUUGCUAUACUCCACAAUAUUGCCAUCGAUAUGAAAGAAGACAUUGAUUUUCUUGAACCUCACUUGUCUGAAAAUGAUGAUAAUCAACAAAUGCUAAGGAGAGAUAAUGAUAGCCGAUCUGGCCAAGAAACAAGAACAUUGUUCAUUGAAACACACUUUUAG